AACAACGAUGCCUUUACCUAAUCCAGUCUGGCAGGCGCAAAAAUAUCUGAUGCCAUUGUUAGUUUGCAAACUGCUGUAAUCAUCGAACCAUCCUGUACCAACUUUGAUCAUAUUCUGACAGAUCCCAAUCUCAGGCACAACUGCAAUGGCAGAAGAACCCAAACCAAAUUCACCGCACUCGCUGACUGCAGAUGAGGAUGUAAAAGCACCUAAUAUAUUUGAAAGAGCAAAGGAAGAGAUUGAAGCAGUGAUUCAUACAGGAAAAAAACAUCAUUUUCAUAAGGAAACUCAUGGAAAGCGUAGUGAUAUUGAUGAAAACACCCUAUUGGAUGAUGUGAAAGCGCCCAAUGUGUUUGAACGAGCAAAGGAGGAGAUUGAGGCCCUUGUUGAAACAAUCCAUCACAAGAAAGAGUCUCACACUCAUGACGAUCAAAGGGACCAUUCUGACAAUGAGGAAUCAAAACAUGAGAAACCAGAAAAUGGUGCCAAGUCCCCCAAUUUGAUUGAAAGAGCUAAGGAAGAGAUUGAAGCAGUGAUUCAUACCGGAAAAGCACAUUUUCACAAGGAAACUCAUGAAAAACAUAAUGUGGAUGAUGCAAAAGCACCCAAUGUGUUUGAACGAGCAAAGGAGGAGAUUGAUGUUCUUGUUGAAACAAUCCAUCACAAAAAGGAGUCUCAGACUCAUGACGAUAAAAGGGACCAUUCCACCAAGGAAGAAUUAAAGCAUGAGAAACCAGAAAAUACUGUCAAAGCCCCCAAUUUGAUUGAAAGAGCUAAGGAAGAGAUGGAGGCGAUCUUGCAUCAUGAGAAGUCACCACAUCAUCAUCACAAAGAAACUCAUGGGAAGAACGAUGACAUUGAUGAGACCACCCCACUAAAUGAAGUUAAAGCGCCUAAUGUUUUUGAACGAGCAAAGGAAGAAAUUGAAGCUCUUGUUGGAGCAAUCCAUCCAAAGAACGAAUCAAACGAUUUUGCUUCCUCACCAAAGGAAGAACGUGGAUUCAGGCACUGCCUUGGAGUGGGGUUGGAAAAAGUAUGUCAUCCAUGGGGUAGCAAGAAGGAUUGACUCCAAACUUUGGUAUAGUUAUGAUGGUUCCUGCCUGUAUGUUUCGUGAAAAUUCAACUACAAAAUGAAACAUUAAGAGAUUGUUGUACCAUUUGUUGAUGAUUGUUUUGAGAAUUUGAGUGAAUUGUGUUUCAAAUUCCGGUUUUUGUAUUUAAUUUGACACUGCAAAUAAUUUGGAUGUGUUCAUGAUUGAAAGUAGUUAAUAUAGAGUUUGGUCGUUGUCUGCAAUUUUUAUCUCACUCGAUCCAUUCG